AGGUGUCGGCCAUGUUUCAACGCUCGCCAACAGCCGCGAAACUUCACCAACGAAGGAGUAACGAGCUAGUAUGCUAGCCUAGCUGCAGAAAUCAUUUAGCAAAAAAUAUGGCUGCUGUGCUCCCCGUCAGGCCGCCCUGCGAUAGCAACCCCGCUACCCCCGGAGCACAAUCCAUAAAGGAGGAUGUCAUAGAAGAAGUGUCCAAUGAUGGCAGCCAACCUCCCAAGAGAAGGAGAAUGGGUUCAGGGGACAGCUCUCGAAGCUGUGAUACCUCAAGUCAAGAUCUUGGUCCGACGUAUUUCCCAGCAGAAAACCUGACGGAAUACAAAUGGCCACCAGACGAUACAGGAGAGUACUAUAUGCUGCAGGAGCAGGUCAGCGAGUAUCUGGGAGUCACAUCGUUCAAGAGGAAGUAUCCUGAUAUGGAGAGGAGAGACUUGUCCCACAAAGAGAAGCUCUACCUUCGUGAACAGAAUGUCAUCACUGAGACACAAUGCACUCUGGGUUUGACAGCUCUGAGGAGUGAUGAGGUGAUCGAUCUGAUGAUAAAGGAAUAUCCCACUAAACAUUCGGAGUAUUCUGUCAUACUGCAGGAGAGGGAGCGACAGAGAAUAGCAAAAGAGUACUCCCAAAUGCAACAGCAGAACCCUCAGAAGGUGGAGGCCAGCAAAGUCCCCGAGUACAUAAAGAAGGCAGCAAAAAAAGCUGCCGAGUUCAACAGUAACUUCAACAGGGAGCGCAUGGAAGAGAGGAGAGCUUACUUUGACCUCCAGACACAUAUCAUCCAGGUGCCCCAGGGCAGGUUUAAGGUGCUGGCUCCAGAGCUAACCAGGACAGGGCCCUACCCUGUGGCUCUUAUACCAGGACAGUUCCAAGACUAUUACAAAAAAUACUCUCCCAAUGAGCUGCGGUACUUGCCGCUGAACACAGCUCUGUUCGAACCUCCACUGGAUCCAGAGCUUCCUGCGCCGGACUCAGAGCCUGACUCUGACGACGCUGAGGAUGGCAAGGAUGACAAGAAGAUCAAGAACUCAUCUGACAGUUCUUCCGGCAACGCAUCUGAUGUGGAGAGCCAGGAGGGCAUGGGGAGACAGAGCCACAAGUCCAAGGCCAAAGACAGGACAUCAACAACGGGAAAAGACGGCAGCCAGCGCCACUCUGCAUCCCAGAAAGCCACCGCAGGGUACAAGCCUAAGGUCAUUCCCAGUGAUAUAUGUGGCAUUUGCCAGAAGGGUAAAGAGGCCAACAAGAAAGGCAAGCCAGAGGCUCUCAUUCACUGCUCCGAGUGUGAAAACAGCGGCCACCCAUCCUGCUUGGAUAUGAGCGAGGAGCUGGUGAGCAUGAUCCAGACGUACCGCUGGCAGUGCAUGGAGUGUAAGACCUGCACCGUGUGCCAGCAGCCCCACCACGAGGACGAGAUGAUGUUCUGCGACAUGUGCGAUCGAGGAUAUCACACCUUCUGCGUGGGCAUGGAUUCCAUACCUACAGGUCUUUGGAUAUGUGAAGUUUGCGACAAAAAUUUCACCACGCCCAAGAAGAAAGGAGGAGCUAAAACACCCAAAAAGAACAAGUCAGCUCAGAAAUGAUCAGCGGUUCCAUUAAUCAUAACAAUCCUGUUAUCACAUUCUAGACAAAUGCACUGCCAUUAGAAGCUGUGGAACUGGAAAAUGACAGAUAAGUGUUUGGCCAAACAGCUUUGACGGAAAAAGAUAAAUGCACAGUUUGUGAUCCAUUUAAAAAGAAAAAAAAGCAAACACAGUAGUGAAGCUUCCUUCCA